AUGUUACAUCACUGGUUUUUAGGAACAGAUGGAAAUGACUCAACCAUUAGGACAAUUCUAUUUGACUAUCGUGAAGCAUUCGACUUAAUCGACCACGGUAUACUGAUUGAUAAACUAAGCAGAUUGGAAUUACCUCCAAGUGUUAUAAACUGGAUAAUUGAUUUUCUCACCAAUAGAUUUAAAAGAGUUAAAUUAGCUGAUGAUUGUUUUUCGGAGUGGGGAACAGUCCCUACAGGAGUACCACAGGGAACUAAGCUAGGCCCCUGGCUGUUUGCUUUUAUGAUAAAUGAUUUAAUCAUUGAUGAUGUACAUACCUGGAAAUACGCAGACGAUACGACAGCGUCCGAAAUUGUCAGUAAGGGGGGUACUAGUGAUGCCCAAAAUAUAGUUGAUCAAGUGGUUACGUGGUCUAGUAAUAAUAGAGUACAAUUAAAUCAAGACAAGUGUAAGGAAUUGAGAAUAUCGUUCGCGAAUCAACCAGCAAUCUUCGAUCCAUUAACCAUUAAUGGGAAAGAAUUGGAAGUUGUUAAAACAGUAAAGCUGCUAGGACUCACUGUCAAGGACAACCUUACUUGGAAUUCUUAUGUGGGCGAGGUUAUAAAGAAAGUGAAUAAAAGAUUGUACUUUUUAGUGCAAUUAAAACGGGCGAGAGUUCCACCACAAGAUUUAGCGCUGUUCUAUAAGUCGUGUGUCAGGUCAGUUGUGGAUUACGCGAUUCCUGCCUUUUACCAUUGUCUUCCCCAAUAUCUGAAGCGUGAGUUAGUGCGUCUCGAGAAAAGAGCUAUAUCAAUUAUUAUGCCGGAAGUUGACUAUCUAACAGGUUUGGAACGAUUAGAUAUUAAGCCCAUGAAGGAUCAUCAUGAAUAUUUAUGUGACAAACUUUUUAAGUCUAUUAUUCUUAAUCCUGAUCACCAACUUAAUAGCUUAUUACCAGCAAGAUAUAACACGAAUUAUAACCUGAGAAAACCAAAGGAACUUCAACCCCCCACAAAUCAUGACUAA